GGAAAGUCUGCUAAGCCCGGUGAGGCUGCGGAGGGGAAUUUGGCACCCAGCAGCGCUUCAAAUCUCAAGGGCAACAAAACUACCAGUACCUACCUCCAUUUCCUCUGCCUGGGUGCUCUUUGGGUUGUGGGGUACUAAUACAAGACCAUCUUGUGCCAGCCGCAGAGACAAUAGCAUAGGGCCUGCGGCUCGUGCCGGGAUGCUGGACAUGUCCUCCUAUCUAAAGUGCCUUGGGGAGUCAGGGGUCACGACCUGCACCAACUAGUGGCAUUUCUAUACUGCAGCAAAAGGUCGCCCCUCCCUGGGAUUCUGGGCUGAGCUAACCCGUGAGUCAGCCCUAACUUCAGGGCUCCAGUCUGCUUCAGGAGGCUGCUGAGAUUGAGGUCUGCCACAAUGCUAUUGCUGCUACACAGAGCUGUGGUCCCCAGGGUCCGACAGGCCUGCAGCCUCAGGUCAACCCCCUCAAGGCUCUGCAUUCAGGCAUGCUCUACAAAUGAUUCACUUCAGCCCCAGCACUUCAGCCUUAACUUCUCUGGUGAUAACUCUGGUACCAAGGGAUGGAGAAUCAUGGGGACCCUACUAGGUCUUGGUGCAGUGUUGGCCUAUCAUGACCAUCGGUGUAGGGCUGCUCAGAAAUCAACACCCACGUACACUAAGGAGGAAGUGAGUUCCCAUACCACUCCUGAGACUGGGAUAUGGGUAACUCUGGGCUCUGAGGUCUUUGAUGUCACAGAAUUUGUGGGCUUACACCCAGGUGGCCCAUCAAAGCUCAUGCUAGCAGCUGGGGGUCCCCUGGAGCCCUUCUGGGCCCUCUAUGCUAUUCACAACCAGUCUCAUGUGCGUGAAUUACUGGCUCAGUACAAGAUUGGGGAGCUGAACCCUGAAAACAAGGUAAUCUCCACCUGGGAUGCCUCUGACCCUUAUGCUGAUGAUCCUGUGCGUCACCCAGCCUUGAAGGUCAAUAGCCAGCACCCAUUUAAUGCAGAGCCUCCCCCUGAGCUGCUGACAGAGAACUAUAUCACACCGAAUCCUAUCUUCUUUACCCGGAACCAUCUACCUGUACCUAACCUAGACCCAGAUACGUAUCGCUUGCAUGUAGUAGGAGGACCUGGGGGUCAGUCAUUGUCUCUUUCCCUGGAGGACUUGUACAAGUUUCCCAAGCAUGAAAUCACAGUCACUCUGCAGUGUGCUGGCAACCGGCGCUCUGAGAUGACUCAAGUAAAAAAAGUAAAAGGUCUGGAGUGGAGGACUGGGGCCAUUAGCACUGCACGCUGGGGUGGAGCACGACUCUGUGAUGUGUUAGCCCAGGCUGGUCACCAUCUCUGUGAAACUGAGGCCCAUGUCUGCUUUGAGGGAUUGGACUCAGACCCCACUGGGACUACGUAUGGAGCAUCUAUCCCUCUGGCUCGUGCAAUGGACCCUGAAGCUGAAGUCCUACUGGCAUAUGAGAUGAAUGGACAGCCUCUGCCUCGUGACCAUGGCUUCCCUGUGCGGGUGGUGGUUCCUGGUGUGGUGGGUGCCCGCCAUGUCAAAUGGCUGGGCAGAGUGAGUGUGGAACCAGAGGAAAGUUUUAGCCACUGGCAGCAGCGGGAUUACAAAGGCUUCUCUCCAUCUGUGGACUGGGACACUGUAGAUUUUGACUCAGCGCCAUCUAUUCAGGAACUUCCUGUCCAGUCAGCUAUCACAGAGCCCCAGGAUGGGGAGACUAUAGAGUCAGGGGAGGUGACCAUCAAGGGCUAUGCAUGGAGUGGUGGUGGCAGAGCUGUGAUACGGGUGGACGUGUCUCUGGAUGGGGGUCUAACCUGGCAGGCAGCUGAGCUGAACGGAGAGGAACAGCGUCCUAGGAAGGCAUGGGCCUGGCGUCUGUGGCAGAUGCAAGCCCCUGUGCCAGCUGGGCAAAAGGAAUUGAACAUUGUUUGUAAGGCUGUGGAUGACAGUUACAAUGUCCAGCCAGACACCGUGGCCCCAAUCUGGAACCUGCGUGGUGUGCUCAGCAAUGCCUGGCAUCGUGUCCAUGUCCACAUUGCCUCGUGAGAGUAUGGAAUAGAGCUGUCUACAUCCCAGAAACACCUCAGCCCUUUCCCUACCCCAUGGCCACAUUGCCCGUAGUAUUGUAACCCUGUACUGUGCCUUCCUGAGCCACUCUCAGGUCUACAAGUUACACAUACUUUGCACAUUUCCACCCAGAUACCCUCCCUCCAUGGAUACUAUGUUACAUACCCUUCCUGUGAGAGAUGUUGGAGCAAGUGGCUAGAAGUGAAAAAAGUUAUUCUGGAGACAAGGACUUUUUCUGCCCACCCCACCACCACUAUUCACCAUCAAGGCCUUGUUUUGCUUUUCUUCUAGGAUUCUUCAGAGAAUGUGUAUGGCAUGUGUAAAAAAAAGUUAUAUGCUACUUUCUACUGCUUCUCUGGUUGCCAGGGAGUGGUGAGGAGAGAGAAAUGCAACCUUCUCCCUUUAUAGUUCUACUUUCCUAAGUAUUAAUAUAUCAAUAAAGUGUUUAAGAUUAUGA